AUGGACCUAGGCACUGCUACAAUUGCUGGCGCCGCCGUCGCUGCUGCCGCAUACAUCGAUGGUAAAUUCCAGGUUCGCAAAGACCUGCGGGAUCUCUGGAAUGUCAAGAGAGCUCAACUCGAGUGGAAUCGAGCAGUCAAGAAAGGAGAAGCCUCGCUUUGGACUCAGUUCGAGCAUCAAGUAGAACGUCUGCCUUCUUCCACAAGAUGUAUCUGGUCCAAAACUGGAUGUUACACCUGGUCCGAAACACACGCUCAAGCCUGCCGCUAUGCCGAGUUCUUGUUGACCAAAGGAGUUCGCCCUAGUGAACCUGUUGCCAUAUAUCUUCAGAAUUCGCCAGAGUUCAUGUUCACCGAGCUUGCCACUUGGGCUCUUGGUACUGCCCCAGCAAUGAUCAACUAUAAUCUUACAGGCGACUCGCUGCUGCAUUGCCUCAAAAUAAGCAACAGCAAGGUCCUUGUGGUAGACGAGGACGCUGGGUGUCGACAGAGAGUUGAGGAGUGCCGCGAUAGAAUUGAAUCAGAACUAGGCGUACAGAUUGUCAUCCUUGAACCAUCGACCAAGGCAUUGAUCGGUGCUAUCAGGCCCAAGCGACCAGACCCUCGAUACAGAGAGCAUGUAAAUGGGGAAACACCCUUCCUUGGCAUUUACACUUCUGGUACUACUGGACUCCCAAAGGCUAGUUCUUUUCACCUCGAAAGGCUUUGGUUCCUAAGCAACUACCGCAGACGCCUCACAUACCAAAGCUCGGGGCCUGACGGAGAUGUGUUCUAUGAUUGCAUGCCCUUGUACCACGGCACCGGGGCUACGAUCGCUGCUGGUUGUAUGGCUUCUGGUAUGACACUGGCCAUUGGACGCAAGUUCUCAACUUCCGGAUUCUGGGAUGAGAUUAGAGAAUCUGGCGCCACUGCUUUCGUAUACGUAGGUGAGACUGCUCGCUAUCUGCUCUCCGCACCACCUUCGCCUAGAGACAAAGAUCACAAAGUCCGUCUAAUGCAUGGCAACGGUAUGAGACCGGACGUUUGGAGAAAGUUCCAAGAAAGGUUUGGUGUGGCGGAUGUUAUGGAGUUCUUCAACAGCACUGAAGGUGUCUUCACUCUGACCAACUUCAGCCGAAACGACCAUUUUGCAGAUGCAGUUGGACACCAUGGAGCAGUAUUCCGAGCUAUGUUCAAAAACACCUACGUCCCAGUGAAGUUGGACUACGAAACAGGUGAAAUUUGGAGACAUCCGAAAACUGGGUUCGCCCAGCGCCAACCAUACGAGGAAGGUGGAGAGAUGCUGGUCAAGGUUCCUGACGAAAAUGUGUUCAAAGGCUACUGGCAUGCACCCGAAGCCACUGCGAAGAAAUAUGCUAGGGAUGUCUUCGAGAAGGGAGAUCUAUACUACAGAUCUGGCGACGCUCUGCGAAGAUCAUCGGAUGGCAAAUGGUUCUUCAUGGAUCGUCUCGGAGACACUUUCCGCUGGAAGGGCGAGAAUUGCAGCACGGCUGAGGUCGCUGAGUGUCUGGGCAGGUUUCCGUCCGUCAAGGAAGCUAAUGUCUAUGGCGUUGAACUCCCAGGCCAUGACGGCAGAGCAUGCUGUGCUGCAGUUUACAUCGAGCCAGCCGAUCGUGCUUCCUUUAAUUUGAAGGCUUUCCUCUCCCAUUCACGAAAGCUGCUUCCCAGAUAUGCCGUACCAUUGUUCCUGCGGUUCGUACAGGACGACCAAGCGCAUACUAUGCACAACAACAAGCAGAACAAAACCCAACUGAGGAGAGAGGGUGUAGAUCCCGAGAAGGUUUUUCAGGGAACAGCUGGCUCGAAGGACACACUCUACUGGCUACCACCAAAAGGCAAUACCUAUGAGCCGUUUGGUGAAGGGGAGUGGCGUAGUAUAGUGGCCGGCAAGGCAAAGCUGUGA